GGUUUCUCCUCCCCGCGUCGAGAAAGCGAGGCCGCCUCGGCCUCCCUCCCGCUCCUCCCCUUUUCCGGCUCGUAGUUGCAGUCGAACUCCGCUCUCUCCCGAGGAAUAUAUAGAUCUGUUUCGCCUCUUCAAAAUCUUCUCUACGUGGAGAUUGCGUUCUGGAUCCAGUUUUGUGAUGUAGAAGGGUUUGGGUCUUUCGAUCUUUCAUGCGCGAUGAUUUUUUUGUUGUUCUUUUGGCAGUUCAAGGCGACUGGAUUGAUUGGGUUUGGAGAUUUUAGCAAGUUAUGAGGUACUUCUUGCGCCAAAUUGAGCGUCUGGUUGGAGAUAUGGAAGGAGGAUUUGUGCUCUUUGUGGAUGACCUGAAGUCCAGCUGAUCCUUGGUUGUUCUUUUAUCUUCGCUCCGCUUCUUGAAUUUAAGAUUUCGGUAUGGAAGGGAACUCUUCUGGAGAAGAUGUGGUUGUCGUGAAGACGAGAAAGCCAUACACAAUUACAAAGCAAAGGGAGCGGUGGACUGAGGAGGAGCACAACCGAUUUCUUGAAGCUCUGAAGCUGUAUGGGAGGGCCUGGCAGCGCAUCGAAGAGCAUAUUGGUACUAAGACAGCUGUGCAAAUCAGGAGCCAUGCACAAAAGUUCUUUACUAAGCUUGAAAAGGAAGCUCUUGAGAAAGGUAUUCCCCCAGGACAAGCUCAUGACAUAGAUAUCCCUCCUCCUAGACCUAAAAGGAAACCGAGUAGUCCAUAUCCACGGAAGUCCACUGGAGGUUCUCUUGCUCCUUCUGGGGAAGCAAUAUAUGGGAAACAAGCACAAUCAAUGUCACUUCUUGGCAUGAAUAAAGUAAUGGGCAUUGGUGGUGAUGCACUGCAAGAGAAAUACGCAGCAAUGCAAAAGUUGCAAAGUAAAGAGAUUUCAGAAGAUGCUGGUUCCUCAGAAGUUCUUAGUGUCUGUCAAGAUGAUUUGUCUGCUUCCUUCUCUUCUGCAAACAACAGCUCCUCCAAUCAUGGCAAAUACAUGGAAUUCUUGCCCACAAGGGAGAAAAUAGACGGGAAGAUUGCAAUUAAUAAAUACUCAGCACCUCAUGAAGUGGACCAGGAGCUAGAUAGAAGUAGCAAAUUCUUUGUAGAUCAUGAAAUGGAAGGAGUCAAUUUGACCCUAGAAGAAGGUGCAAGUACAUCAAAGAAUACUGUGGAAGGCAACCAAACACACCUAAAGAAUCCUCCUCUCCAUAUUGUCGAUAGAGAUGGUGAAAAAAGCAUGCAGACUGAAGAUUCAGAUGGUCAGAACUGUAGUGCAGUAACUGGGCAAGUAGGAGGGCAUGCAAAUGCUAACCCAUCCAUGAACCCUGUAAUUUCUGCAAUGCCGUUCCAGAACAUACCAACAAUUGGUUCCAUGCAUCAUCCAUUUCCAGCCCUCUCAGCCUUUACCCACUUCCACAGCAGUCAAGAUGCUUAUGGGUCAUCCCUAAACAUCUCAUCCACAUUUCCGAGUCUCAUUGUUUCUGCCUUACUACAAAAUCCAGCAGUUCAUGCUGCAGCCAGUCUGGCAGCAUCAUUCUGGCCAGCUGCGGGGCUGGAAACCUCUCUUCAGUCAGCCCCAGAAAUAUUUGCUGGGGAAGUUCCAGAACAGCAGAUGCACCCAACUCCAAGCUUGGAGGCCAUUGCUGCUGCUACAGUUGCAGCUGCAGCUGCAUGGUGGGCAUGUCAGGGUCUCUUGCCAUGGUUCCCCCCUCUUACUGGUUUUGCAUUUGCUCCUCCAACCACAGCCGCUGUCCCCUCAGUAGACAUCGCCCGAGUUCAAGAAGCACAUGGUGGCACUAAGGAUAAACCUUUGAAAGAAGAUCAGCAACUUGGAAAUCAAAAUCAGAUCAAGGCUCAAAAACCUCAACAUCACUCUUCUAAAUCAUCAUCAUUAUCAUCGUCAGACUCAGAUCAAAGUGGAAGAUGUAAAAACUCAAAGGAUCUGAAAGCCACUGGAUCUGACAAGUUCAAGCCAUUAGCUCUUAGUGGAUUACAGGAUUUAGAGAAGGCAAGGAAUAAUAAGAAACAGGAUCGUUCUUCUUGCGGAUCAAACACACCAUCCGGCAGUGAAGUGGAGACAGAUGCUAUAGAGAAGAAUCAUGAGAAAACCAAUGAUGAGGCUAAAAAAGUCUAUUUCAGUAAUUUUUCAGCUUGUGAGACCAACCAUCGCAGGCUCAGAAGCAGUGGAAGCAUGAAUGAAUCGUGGAAGGAGGUCUCCGAAGAGGGUCGACUUGCCUUCCAAGCACUGUUCAAGAGAGAGGUACUUCCACAAAGUUUUUCUCCUCCACAAACUGAAGCAGCAGCAACUGUGAUGAAUAAGGAGGAAACCACUAAAUUGCCAAUCGAUUUUAACAAGAAUGUGCACCAUCCAACCGACCUUAACCAUCUUCAUGAUGACGCAAAGGAAGAGAUGUGCAUGCGAAGCAACGACAGCAUAAUACAGGGAAAGCUCAAGAUUCGUCGAACAGGAUUUAAGCCUUACAAGAGGUGUUCAGUAGAAGCUAGGGAGAACAGGGCAGCAGCAGUAGAAGAAGCUGGUAGCAAGAGGAUACGUCUGCAAGGGGAAGCUUUGACCUGAUGUCAGUGUUUCGAAUAGCUCCCUGCUUGUUCCUUUUUGCAUGUACAAUUUGCCUUGUGGGUUUAUGAGACACGAAGUUUGCCAAGCAUCAAAACUUUGGAACUUACUCUGCACUUCAUAAUAUGUAGUAGUCUUGAUUUGUCAA